AUGCAGCUAAGGAGGCUCGAAUUUCCUUCAAUUGGAUGCUUCACUCGCGGUCCAGAGGGCUUCGACGUACGUAACAAUAUCGCUACUAUCGAUAUUAAUAUGCAAGAGCUGGAAGGCCUACAGCCUUCUAAGAUCCAAACAUCCUUUUAUAAUAACAAUAGUCUUACUUCGGCCAAUGACUACGUGGCGAUGCUACUUCAGAUUGCCGAUAAUGCGUUCGCGGAGGGUCGAGGCAGUAUCUUUGAAGAAUACCAGGGCGAGGAUGCUCUAUACCAUCUCCAUAUCUUCCGCGAGUAUGUCAAGGGCUGGAUGGAUGGCAGCCUUGAUCAAGGUCCGUUUGUCUUGGUUCAUGGUGAUUUCGAGCCCUUUAACUUAAUAGUGAACGAGAAUAUGGAUAUUAUCUCGGUUCUAGAUUGGGAAUGGAGUCGUGUAGUUCCUCUUCAGUUUUUCAAGCCUCCAUUAUGGUUAAAGAUUCCUGAUACUACAAAACUAGCAUGGGAUUUCGUCUAUAACGACUAUUUGAAGAGCUUUGACCGGUUUUUGGAAAUUCUACGGACUCGUGAGCGCGAGAAAUAUGGAAAUGAGUUGCUAUCGGACGAAUGGGCUAAGGCAAAGGAGAAUAGCGGAUUUCUUGUCGCCAAUGCCUUAGAAAACUGGACGGACAUGGACUGGUUCGCAAACCGAUAUAUUAACUGGAAAUGCUACCGCGGCAAGGCUGACUUGAACGAGCGGGUAAAGGCGUUUAUGGAGAAUCCAGAUCACAAAACCAUGAUUACAAGAAAACUGCGCGAAGGAGUUGCCUAUAGUGUCCAAGUGGAAAAACUUGAGGAUACAACUAUCGAAGUAGCUCCUGGUUAA